GCCAGCGAGGACUGCCCCCUUCCCCCGGCGCCCGCCCCCCACCCCUGCGCCCCAGGUGAGCCCCGGGGUCUCAGGUAAGGCUCCGCGAUGCAGGUAAGAGCCCCUCGGCACAGACAAGGCCUCGGCGCCCCCCCAGGUAAGAGCCCGUCCCCUCCUAGGUGACCCUCCACCUUCAGUGAGGGCCUCUGCCUUCUCCAGGUGAGGAACCCUCUCCCCAGGUGAACUCCCUGUACCUCAAGUGGAGCCGCGUUCCCCCCACUCCCCACCCACCCCACCCCACCCCACCCCCGCCCUUGGCAGUUCAGGUGAGGUCCUAAGGACCUAAGGACCAUCCAGUUCCUAAUCCCUCCAUACUUCCCCCUAAACCAGAACUGACAGCUCAUCCACUCUAAAACCCCUUCCUCCAGCUUCAGUAGCCAGGUCAGCAGGGGUGAGGCCGGAAGUGGAUGGGUGACUCACCUCAGGCUCCUCCAAGCCUCAGUUUCCCCAUGAUGCAACUUGAGGCCUCCUCAGUGAGUCGAAACUGAGCCAGCUCUGGCCCCUGGAGAGAAGCUGCUGGCUCUGGGGAGAAGAGACAGCAGCCAAGUGUGACAGAGUCCCCAUGGCCCUGGGUGUGCCUGAAUGUAUGUGGCCCCGGGGCCUGACAGCCCACUCACUCCCUCCCCGGCAGGCACUGGGCUCCCUCUGCUCCCCGUGGGCUGCUCCCCGCGUGGGGCCACUGCCCCCGGCCCCCGCCAUGGUGCGGAUUUCAAAGCCCAAGACGUUUCAGGCCUACUUGGAUGAUUGUCACCGGAGGUAUAGCUGUGCCCACUGCCGCGCUCACCUGGCCAACCACGACGACCUCAUCUCCAAGUCCUUCCAGGGCAGUCAGGGGCGUGCCUACCUCUUCAACUCUGUGGUGAACGUGGGCUGCGGGCCAGCCGAGGAGCGGGUGCUGCUGACAGGCCUCCAUGCUGUCGCUGACAUCCACUGCGAGAACUGCAAGACAACUUUGGGCUGGAAAUAUGAACAGGCCUUCGAGAGCAGCCAGAAGUACAAAGAGGGGAAGUACAUCAUUGAACUCAACCACAUGAUCAAAGACAACGGCUGGGACUGACCCCUGCUCCUGCCGCAUGUGGCUCGAGCCCGGCCUGGCCGCCAGCGGGCGCCACUGGCUUCCCUCCACGAGAAGGGGGCUCUGGACCCUCAGGGCCCCUGCAGAGGAAGGAUCCAGCUCCUGUACAUAUAUUUUAUUGCAUGCACUGUGACCUUGGGGGGAGAUCAGAAGGUGGACGACACCCCCACACCUCCCUGCGAUCUGGCUGGCUUGGAUCUCGUUUUUAACCCCUUCCUGCCCCGCCUGCCCUAUAGAUAUGGCCCGUGUGCUGCUCCCCCGGCCCCGGUGCACCGUCUGCCCUGUGAACUCCUCCCACCGGGCCCCUCUUACCCCACGCGUGUCUGCUCCCCUCGUUCUGUAGCGUUUGUACAUAAUAAAACAAUGGAGUGGAGACA